GGAAAGAAGAAAGGCUUUUAAUUAGAUUGGUCGUAAUUGAGCUCCCAAACCACAGAAGCCUUUCUCUCAGAAGAUAAAGACACGGAUGCAAUUAAGAGAAAGAAGCCACCUGAAUGGAACACUGGCUAAUUUUAAGUCCAUUAAAAACAACAAUUCCUUAAUAAGUUGAGGCAAGGGACAUAUGUCCUGAAAGAGUUUAUCAGCGCUUUCAAAUAGCGCCGGGACCAGACUGGAACUAGAGCCCUCGUGCAGUGCAGAUGCAUGACUUCGUCAGGGACUGUUCACUCUGCACAGAGGGAGGUUAGCUCCACAGAUUUUUCUACCCAAACCCCUGGAAGGUGUUAUUUUGCAAAAGGGGGAUAUAUUUUUCUUGUGACCAGACUGGCAACUUCUGGAUACAGCCCCUGGCCUGAGGUCCCUGGGACUUGGUCCCCUGUCUUUCUCCAGGCAGCCUGAUCCCCUCUACGAGAUUACCUUCCUGCCCCCACUGUCAUCUCUCAGAGGUGCCCAGGGCAAGCUCCUGGGGCAGGGACACUGAUGAUGUGUCCAAGAAUCUCUGCCAGCUCCUUACACAUUCAACACAUUUGUAUUUUAAUGAGAAGCAGCAUUCAUUUCUCACUUGCAUCCCUGCCCUGUGACCACGCCCCAGCAGAUGGUGUUCUUUCUGCCGCUGGGUCUGUUUUUGUGAAUGCUACCAGGGAACCAGGCCAGGUAGUUCCUUUAGAAGGAGCUCAUGAUCUCAGCCUCAGGGCAUCUCAGCAUUAAUAAGCACUUUCCCGUGGAGGGGGUGAAAUUGCUAGUUUGUGGAGUCUUUUUUGGUGGGAAUUGAACACGAAAUACUGAACAACAGCGUUCUUAGAACUACUGCAGGAAACUUGCUCAUUUUUCUCUGUGCCCACCCUGGCUUUUGCUAGCCACUUUUGGGCCUUGCCAGCCAUGAUUAAAAAAAAAAAGCUGAUUACAUCCCAGUUGGAAAGGCCUGAAGUUGGCUAGCAUCUUCUUUGAGUGCCUAGUGCGAGGGCAAAGCCACCGUUGAUAUGCUGCCUCACGCUCCCGGGACAGAAUGCAGACCUGGCACCCUUCUGGAGCCCACACUCAGGAUGAGAAGAACCAAGUGUUGACCACCAACAUUUGGCUGCAAAUGACUUGGACAGAUCACUAUUUACAGUGGAAUGCGUCUGAGUAUCCAGGCGUGAAGACGGUUCGUUUCCCAGACGGCCAGAUCUGGAAGCCAGACAUUCUCCUCUACAACAGCGCUGAUGAACGGUUUGAUGCUACGUUCCACACCAAUGUGUUAGUGAAUUCCUCCGGGCACUGCCAGUACCUCCCUCCAGGCAUCUUCAAGAGCUCCUGCUACAUUGACGUGCGCUGGUUCCCCUUUGAUGUGCAGCAGUGCAAACUGAAGUUUGGGUCCUGGUCUUAUGGAGGGUGGUCCUUGGAUCUGCAAAUGCAGGAGGCAGACAUCAGUGGCUAUAUCCCAAAUGGAGAAUGGGACCUUGUUGGGAUCUUGGGCAAGCGGAGUGAGAAGUUCUACGAGUGCUGCAAAGAACCCUACCCAGACGUGACCUUCACAGUCACCAUCCGCCGCAGGACUCUCUACUAUGGCCUCAACCUGCUCAUCCCCUGUGUGCUCAUCUCUGCCCUGGCCCUCCUCGUCUUCUUACUCCCUGCAGACUCUGGGGAGAAAAUCUCCCUGGGGAUCACAGUUUUACUCUCCCUCACCGUCUUCAUGCUGCUGGUAGCUGAGAUCAUGCCUGCGACCUCUGAUUCAGUGCCCUUAAUAGCCCAGUACUUCGCCAGCACCAUGAUCAUCGUGGGCCUCUCUGUGGUUGUCACAGUGAUCGUGCUACAGUACCACCACCACGACCCUGAUGGUGGCAAGAUGCCCAAGUGGACCAGAGUCAUCCUCCUGAACUGGUGUGCCUGGUUCCUUCGCAUGAAGAGGCCGGGGGAGGACAAGGUGCGGCCAGCCUGCCAGCACAAGCAGCGCCGCUGCAGCCUGGCCAGCGUGGAGAUGAGCGCAGUGGCGGGACCACCAGCCACCAAUGGCAACCUGCUGUACAUUGGCUUCCGCGGUCUGGACAGCAUGCACUGCGCACCCACCCCUGACUCAGGGGUCGUGUGCGGCCGCGUGGCCUGCUCCCCCACUCAUGACGAGCACCUGCUGCAUGGCGGCCAGCCCUCUGAGGGGGACCCGGAUCUGGCCAAGAUCCUGGAGGAGGUACGCUACAUCGCCCACCGCUUCCGCUGCCAGGAUGAGAGUGAGGCGGUGUGCAGUGAGUGGAAGUUCGCGGCCUGUGUGGUGGACCGCCUGUGUCUCAUGGCCUUCUCUGUCUUCACCAUCCUCUGCACCAUCGGCAUCCUGAUGUCGGCACCCAACUUCGUUGAAGCUGUGUCCAAAGACUUCGCUUGACCCAGCCCUGGCUCCCAGCGUGUAGGACAUACACAGAUACAUGAUGAUGAUGGCUUAAAGAGAACUUGGGAUGGCUGAUGCCACAGCAGCAUUAAACCCCAAAAGACACAUAUGUACCCCAUCGCUGUCAUGUCAGUUUCAGUUUCCUUGUUACUUUCAGUAAUGGGAUCUCAGCACAUUUCAGUUUACCCCUCUUUAGUGGGCCACUUGAUAUCCUUGGAGCCGUCCUUAUGGUCAGCAGGACCCCCGAGGAUAGUUUUGUCCAUCCCACAUUGCCUGGUGAGCUCUUCAGAGGUUGGGGUAGCUCAGGACUGACAGCCAGGGGAGGCCUGGACAGCGGGUUUGCAUGCCUGCAUGUCACUUGCCAUGAGGGCCUACAUGAAAAUUCAUACCUGCUUUUGCCUGUGUACGAACCUAGAUUGAAGUUAAUCACAAUAAACCACACUCAGUAAACCCAUCAGAUGAUUGAUGAAACAAACUAAACUAAAAUGUAAAACCCAACUACUCGUUUUUCUUCAAUUCAGACUUUAAUUCUCUACCAAAGACAGUUGACAAACACCUCUAUGUUAUGUCUGCAUUUUUAAAAAGAGACAGUAAUAUUUGAUCUUGUAAAUUACGCUUUGGCCAGCCUGAUUUUUGCCAACUUACCAUCUUGGGAAUCAGGAUGGACACAGGUGUGUGUUGAUUCUAAACUGGGACCAGACUCAGUCAGGGGGAUUUCUGUAGAUCCCAAAUAUUCUCAAGCUUCCUUUGCUGCCCCUAGGCACCAGGUGGUUGAGUGAAUCUGUUCUAUUCUCCAAAACCCAGAGGACAAGUAGAAUUCUAUUAGAAUUACCACCCAAUGUAAUAAUAGCUGAUGCUAAAUUAAACCAUCUAUUUUUUUAACAGUGUAUUAAAUGUUUCACGUAUAUUGGAGUUGGUUAGCCUUAUAAAAUUUGUGGAUCCAAACAAAUGCACAACAUAAAGUCACCAGAGUAUUCCAUGCAUUUUCUCCUUGUGUCAGGUCUAAAAGGCAGGGACUUGGGCCUUUUUUGGCUCUCUGUGUUGCAGGAACUGGGGAAGGAGUGGUGUGGCUGAUGGCUUUCGUGAAUGGCAGGCAAGUGGUGGUUAGCAGGAGAGGCUGAUAGACUAGCAGUGGCUGCAUACCCAUUAACUCCGGUUCUGGUUUGGCAGGGCUCAGCUUAUGCACCCCGGCUUCAGCCCAGAGAGCUGGCUGAAUGAGCAGAUUCACUGUAAGCUUGUGUUUUGAAAACAAGGGGGCUUUCUUUUAAAUCCAAGUGGUGACGCAGUUCUCUACUUAGAUUUUCUACCUGACAAUCGUCACUUUGCUUCUCCCAUCGUUACUGUUGAAUGUGAUCAGAGGAAGACACAGGACAAGACAGCCUGUCCUGUUCUGUCAUUUCAUUUAGUAAACUCACAGAGCUCAAAACUGCCGAAAAUGUCUGAGCUCCUGGGGAUCUUUAAUUUGCUUCUAACCUCCGAAAUGGCUAUGUUAUGAGGGAAGAUUUGAUUUUUUCAAGCAAAAGAAAUUGCAUGCCCUUCUCCAGCCAUUUAGCUCACUCACUUCUGGCCGGAUUUGUGUGCACUGAGGAAGAGGGAGGUGCAUGCCUGCUCUCUGUGUCUAUGUGUGUGAUAACAUGUGCAUGUGAGAAACUUCAGAAAAGGUACCUGGUUUACAGUAAGAAAGUUUAUAAAUAAGGGCAUUCCAGCAUUAUGCCAUUUGGAGCAGGGUUGUCCUCAGAGUGCACUCAUUCUAUAUGGAGUGGAUGAAAAAUGCACAUUUUUUUUCUAUUAAAGUGUCUUUAGAAACAACUAGAAGUGUUUUGAUAUAUAAAGAGUGUACUUCAUUUCUUAUUGCUAUUCCAAGUUGAGCCCUACUACAUUUUGCUUUAAUUAAAAAACCUUUUUAGUUUUGUAUUUUAUACAGAAAAACAUAAAAAGGCUAACAGAGUUUGGAUUUUGACCAUGCAAAUAACUACUCCGUGAUUUAAAAAGUAGUAAUAAGAAAAGAUGCACAUGUAGAAAGACAAGUAUGAAGGGCUGAAAAUAAGUGCCCCCCCCACCACCCCUGCCUUAUCUCCUCAUAGGGGACCACCAGUGAGCUUCUGGGGAGGGAUGGGCAUUUCCAGAAAGGAACGAAAGGAGAGAGACUGAGGAGGGAGAAAGGGGACGUGGAGAGAGAACCUCCUUUUCUGUCCAUUUCUAGAACCUGUGCUGUGCACAGCACCCUGCCCUUUGCUUUUUUCAUUUGAUGUUAAGAGAUCUUUCCAUAACAACACAUAAGGAUCUACCUCAUUCUUAAUAGCUGCUUAACCUUCCAUUGUCCCUGUGCACUAUUAAUUUCUUUGAUUAGUCUUUUAUUAGUGAACCUAUAGAAUAUUUCCUGUCUUUAUUUUUAUACACAGAUCUAGAAUUAGCAUCCUUGUACUUAUGUCAUACUUUUGUGACUGUAUCUUGAUAUCGAUUGGAACUUGAAAAUGGAGUUGCUGAAUUUAAGAUUAUGUCUAUUUAACACUUUUGUCAAUUAUUGUCAGAUGAUUCUUCAAAAAUUGAUCUUUGGUUACACUUAUCAAGAGUAUAAUGAAAUGAUCAAUUUCUCAGUUUUCUCAAACAGCUUUUAUUCCAGUCUAGUGAAGAAUAAUAUUACAAUAUUAUUCUGACUUAGUUCACUUUAUUAGGAGUGAAGCUGAACAUCUUUUCAAAUGUUUUCUGGUCACUUUUUGGUAAAUUUAUGUCCUUACACAGUUUUGGCUUUUUCCUAGUUAAUUUGGACAUAUAUUUUGAAAUUUUUCUGUCUCAUGUCUUGAAAAUAUUUUUGUCUUUUGAGGUUCUCUAUUGGUUUUCUUAUUUAUUGUCACAUACAUAAAAUUUAAAGUUUUAUGUUGUCAAUUUAUCCUUAUUUUCCAUUUUAGAUCCUGGAAUUUAUUUCCAGUUCUAAAAGACCUUUCCCAUUCUGAGAUUAUAAAGAAAUUUACUCAUAUUUUCUUCUAAAUCCUUAUGGCUUGAUCUGUUUAUCUUUACCUACUCUUAACUCCCAGGAAUUCAUUUAUUGCAGGAAAUGAAGAUAAAGAUGUGAUUUUUUUUUUCCCCUCUAAAUGGUUAGUAAGUUGUGCUAGCAAAAUAUAUAACAGUGCAUUCUGGUAUAAAAUUAUAUAGUUUUUUCCUCCUUUGUUCAAAUGCCACCUUAUUUGUAAACUAAAUUCCUCAAAGUGUUUGAAUCUACUUCUGUUUUAUUGAUUUAUCUCCCUAUGAAUUCCUUUAAUUUCUGAGGCUUCAUUCCUAUUAAUAUAAAAUAUUCAUAUUAAUAUAAAUAUUUUCAGGUCAAGGCUCCUCGUAAUACUUGCCUCUCUCUUUCCCUUUAACUCUCUUUCUCAUACACACACACAUAACUUUCUUAACAAAUGGGGCCACAGUGAAUUUAUAGAUUAAUUGUUUUCCUAUCCAAGAAUGCUGCCAUCCAACUUAUAUUCAAAUCUCAUGUCACUCAUAGAGUCUAUGGUUUUGUUCAGAUAGAUCCUAUGAAUUUGUUAUUGUCUAUUUCUAGAUAUUUUAUCAUUUGGCUACCAUUUUCAAUGGAAUAAUUUUUUAUAUUUUGUAUUCUCACCAGAUAUAUAGGAUAGUAGUUGAUUUUGUAUAUCAGUGUUAUAAUCAAAUACCCUAAUUGUAAUUUCUUACUGUUUCUAAGGUUUUCUUUUGCCUCCCCCUUUCCACCAAUUUCCCUUAUUUCUUUCUCUUAGCCAGCUGCAUUGAGAACAGUAUUAAAGAAUAGUGAUUCAGGCAGCAUACCUGUCUUAUUCCUGACGUCAAUAGAAUGGUUUAAUGUCCCACCAUUUAACUUGAAUGAAGGCAUGUAUUUUCCUUAUAAUAAACAGUAUCUGUGUAUUCUCAAA